UUGCUUGGAGAAAUUUUUUGACAAAUCUGGCCACAGUGGCGCCAGCCCCGAAGCCUGGAAACCUCCAAAACUCACUUCAAACGACCUUCUUUGCCAUCUCCCCUGCCACAAAGCCGUGACUAUGGUCAUCUUGUGAAAACGGACUAGCGUGACACGGACUAUCGGACUCUAAGGACGGGGAAGGCAGAGAGACGACGAGACGGACAAAAAGGCUGUUUUUCAGGUAACCGCUAGCAAGAGACUGAGGAGCACCUGUCUGUCUGUGGGUUUGUGUACAAAAGCCAGUGCAUUCAGUCACGUGCAUUUUCCUCCCUCACUCAGCAUUUGGUUUGGAGUGUGACCUAAACACAUCUGAGGAGCAAUGAGUGAGCUGGAACAGUUGCGGCAGGAGGCCGAUCAGCUACGGAAUCAGAUUCGGGAUGCCAGGAAAGCCUGCAGCGACUCUACUUUGUCGCAGAUCACAGCUGGUCUGGACUCGGUGGGCCGGAUACAGAUGCGGACACGACGCACUCUCAGGGGCCACCUGGCCAAGAUCUAUGCAAUGCAUUGGGGGAGUGACUCCAGGCUUCUUGUCAGUGCCUCGCAAGAUGGAAAGCUAAUUAUCUGGGACAGUUACACCACAAAUAAGAUGCAUGCCAUUCCUCUGCGCUCUUCCUGGGUAAUGACGUGUGCCUAUGCCCCUUCCGGGAACUAUGUAGCCUGUGGUGGCCUGGACAACAUCUGCUCCAUAUACAGCUUGAAGACCCGUGAGGGCAGUGUGCGUGUCACCCGAGAACUGCCGGGACAUACAGGUUAUUUGUCCUGUUGUCGUUUCUUGGAUGACAACCAGAUACUUACCAGCUCUGGAGACACCACUUGCGCAUUAUGGGACAUCGAGACAGGCCAGCAGGCCACAUCCUUCUCUGGCCACACUGGGGAUGUGAUGAGCUUGUCACUCAGCCCGGAUUACAAGACCUUUGUGUCUGGAGCAUGUGAUGCCACCUCAAAGCUGUGGGACAUCCGUGAUGGCAUGUGCAGGCAGUCUUUCACUGGGCACGUGUCUGACAUCAACGCUGUCACUUUUUUCCCCAAUGGAAAUGCCUUUGGCACAGGCUCAGACGACGCCACCUGCAGGUUGUUUGACUUGCGAGCUGACCAGGAGUUGAUGAUGUACAGCCACGACAACAUCAUCUGCGGUAUUACAUCCGUGGCUUUCUCCAAAAGUGGCCGUCUGCUAUUGGCCGGCUACGACGACUUCAACUGCAACGUCUGGGACACUCUGAAAGGCGAACGGGCAGGCGUGCUGGCAGGCCACGACAAUAGGGUGAGCUGCUUGGGUGUGACUGAGGACGGCAUGGCCGUGGGCACCGGCUCCUGGGACAGUUUCCUGCGGAUCUGGAACUAAAAUCCUCUUGGGCUGUCUUUCAUCAGCGCCUGCUGCCACCCCCCCCCCCCCAUCAUAAACACACACACUAACACCUCCUCCCCCAAACCCCCACAUCUUUACCCCCCACUCAACAUAACGUGAUUCAUGCGAGGCUGGUGCUGAAGAGUGUACAGUGUCAGCCCUCUAAAUAAUCUUUGUACUUUUUGAAUCCCCUACAAAAACCUGAAUGAAUACGUCGAAGCAGUCCAAUCAAAAAGUUGAGGGAUAAACCAAAAAAAAAACCCCAACUUUAUUUUAUUCUAUAAUUACGUGUCAUUUGUAAAUUUAUAUAUAAAAAGACAGUAUAUAUGUAUAGCAUUAUGUGUGUGUUUAUAUACGUAUGCAUAAUAUAUGCAUAUAUAAUGUUUCUAUUUUUAAUUUCCACUUUUUUUUCUUAAUCAUUUUCAGGGUUCGUGUUUUCUUUCUGCUUACUCCUGUCAUACAGCCAAAUGGCCAAAAAAAAAAAAAAAAACCUCUGGGCAGAAGUGCUCCACAGAGAA